GGCUGUGACCCUGCUCUGACUUCACUUCUUUCUAUAUAUACAGCCUCCGUCCUUCGUGCCGUUACUCUCUACUCUCAUAUAUCCUCCACAAACCUCGACCUAGUACAAUGGCAUACAACAAAGGCUUCAACCCCGACAGGUUGCCCGCUCACGCGGAGCCAGAGCAGGCGGCCGCACUUCUAUCCGGGAACAAUCAACAGGCACCACGACCGCCUCGUACUUCGUCGGCGCGUCCCGACCACAACAAACCUCCACCGCCAGUGCCUUCCAGGCAGGAACUACGACCGGGUGAUGGCUAUGGUCGCGGUUACGACAGUAGACCACCGCCUGGGGCAUACAACGAUCCUCGCUACAACAGCCAGCAACACAGUCCUCGCUACGAUCAGCAGCGCCACGAUCCCCGCUUUGACGGCUACGGUUCUCCCCCACCGCAGAACUACGGCCAAGGCCCGCCUCCGCAAGGCUACCAUGGAAGACCACCAGUGGUAAAUCGACCGCCACCUACACCCGCCCCGCCGCGAGAUGGCAAUGAUAGAGAGGCUCUUUGGAGAUUAUUUGGUGCUGUGGACAAAGAUGGUAGCGGUCAGUUGACCGAGGGCGAGCUGCGUACUGCUCUCGUGAACGGUGAUUGGUCCCCAUUCGACCCCCAUACGGUGCGCAUGAUGAUCAGAAUGUUUGAUACUGAUCGUUCUGGCGCUAUCAAUUUUGACGAAUUCUGCGGUCUCUGGGGCUUUCUCUCCGCUUGGCGAGGACUCUUCGACCGAUUCGAUGUAGAUCGUUCAGGCAGCAUAUCCUACAAUGAGUUCACCGAGGCUCUUGUAGCUUUUGGCUACCGCCUUUCGGCCCAAUUCGUGCGACUGCUCUAUGCCACAUAUGACAGGCGAGGCGAGAAUGCAAUUAGCUUCGACCUAUUUGUUCAAGCGUGCAUUAGCUUAAAACGCAUGACCGAUGUUUUCAAGAAGUAUGAUGAGGAUCGGGAUGGCUAUAUCACACUGAGUUUCGAGGAAUUCCUUACAGGUGCGCAAUCACUAUUUCUAUUCAACUCCAUCUCGGCCGACACUGAUACCGGACUCUACUAGAAAUCAUUCGUCAACGAUAAGACAAGAGUCUCAAACACACUGAUGUACUCGGGCUUAUGUUUCGUAAUUGAUUACGCUGUAUGGUCUUAGCCUCACCCCAUUUCAAGUCAUUGGAUAGAUCGUCCAAGGCCAUUUGCGUAUGAAGUAGGUCUAGAAGGAGCAUUGCUGGUAGCGUAGAGGUUUUAACGGCUUGGAUCUGGUAGAGUUCUGGGAUGCCGUUGAUAACGAGCCUUCUGAGUCGAAUGACUUGGUGGCUGCUUUGAUACCCGU